UCCCGCAGAUCCAGCGGACAUCUGGAGCGGUCCGGUCCUGGUGCCUCACAAGCAGAACCUCCAGCAUCCGAACACCGACUCCCCGCGCCGAGCCAGCCCGGGGUUCGCUGCUCGUCCGCCGUGGUGAACCCAGCCUCUCCCCGGGGCUGACAUCGCUCUGCUCGGCCGGAUCUCCGCCGGGGAGCCGCUGCGCUCCGGACCGACUGACCAGCCGGAGGAGGAGGAGGUGAUGGACUGAGCGGAACCGACAUCUGACGGGUCGGAGGCCCGAUGGAAGCUGCCACACAACUGGACCUGGAUCAUCCCGGUCCUGGUUGCGGUUCGGCGUAAAGACGCGGCUCCAUCAGCGGCCGGUUCGGUUCUGUUUUUCCUCUUCAGUUUGUCUCGUCACAGACGGACUAAACGGUCCCGGUUCCGAGUUGGAGGGCGCAGGCGGAUCCCCCUGCUGGUCUGGAUUAGAACCCGCCCGGAUCAUGAAUCACCCCCCUCUGAGGCGCUAAUCUGGGUUUCACCGAACCGGAUUUAAAUCACAGAUUACGCCACUCCCGGUUCUGGUGAAUUGUUAUUGGACCUGGUCCUGCUGGCGCUGGAUUCGGGGAGCCCUGCUGGUAUCAUGCCGACCUCCCGGCCUGGUUCGGAGCCGGUGGAGUUCUGGGUGGAUGGGUCGAGGCGGGACGGGACGGUGGAGGACUUCUACAGUCUGGGCUCCGAACUGGGCAGAGGAGCGACAUCCAUCGUGUACCGCUGUGAGGAGAAGCAGACGCAGAAACCCUUCGCAGUCAAAGUCCUGAAGAAAACGAUUGAUAAGAAAAUCGUCCGCACUGAGAUCGGCGUCCUGCUGCGUCUUUCCCACCCGAACAUCAUCCAGCUGAAGGAGAUCUUUGAGACGGACACUGACAUCGCCCUGGUUCUGGAGCUGGUGACCGGCGGAGAGCUGUUCGACCGGAUUGUGGAGCGAGGAUACUACAGCGAGAGAGACGCAGCGCAUGUCAUCAAGCAGAUCCUGGAAGCCGUGGCUUAUUUGCACGGUAACGGGGUCGUCCAUCGCGACCUGAAGCCGGAGAACCUGCUGUACGCCGACCUGUCGCUGGACGCGCCGCUGAAGAUCGCCGACUUCGGCCUUUCCAAAAUCAUCGACGACCAGGUGACCAUGAAGACGGUGUGCGGGACUCCGGGUUACUGCGCUCCAGAGAUCCUGCGGGGAAAUGCCUACGGCCCCGAGGUGGACAUGUGGUCAGUGGGCGUCAUCCUGUACAUCCUACUCUGCGGCUUCGAGCCGUUCUUUGACCCGCGAGGCGACCAGUACAUGUACAGCCGCAUCCUGAACUGCGACUACGAGUUUGUGUCUCCCUGGUGGGACGAAGUUUCCCUCAACGCCAAGGACCUGGUCAGUAAGCUGAUCGUUCUGGACCCUCACAAGCGCCUGAGCGUCCGGGAGGCCCUGCAGCAUCCCUGGGUUCUGGGCAAAGCCGCCCGCUUCUCCCACAUGGACACGACUCAGAGGAAACUGCAGGAGUUCAACGCCAGGCGCAAACUUAAGGCUGCCAUGAAGGCUGUUGUGGCCACCAGCAGGAUGCACGAAGGAUCCCGACGUCGCACCGACAGCUGCGAGAUGCCUGGCUCAGGGACUUCCAGGCAGAGCAGCAUGCAGCAAGACCCGCCUCUCGAGACAGCAGGCUCCGCCCCCGAGGAAAAAGAGGCCCCGCCCCCAGACCAGCAGGUUCCCCAAAACGACGAGCCCACGCCGGCCAAUCAGAGCGCAGCCAGCCCCUCCCCUCCUCGUAGCCCUAACCCCCCCAGCUCUGAAGCUCCGCCCUCAGGCCCCACCCUCGUCAGACCGCCGCUGCGCGCCGACGGCCUCCGCCAAGCGUCGGUUAUCCCCAAGUCGAUGCUGGUCCAACCCCGGCUGCCGCAGAAGAGCUGCUCCGUCAUCGAGUCGGUCCACCGAGGCGAGGCCACGCCGCCGCUGGGCUCGCCUUCCAGCCCCAACAACCUCAGCAACGGCUUCACGCCGGGGGCGGAGCCUGGCGCCAAGGCCGCCCCCUGCCAGUGAACGCUUCACAACAAGCCCAACAGCUGCGCCUUCCAGUCCUUUUUUUAUUAACAUCCCAGUUGGUGAUCUGGGACAAACCAACUAACGUUUGUGUAAAUUUAAACGCCUCACUGGGCUGCUUGGCUGCUAGCUAACAGCAGAGCUAACGCCAAUGGUUGGUUUGGGGACCGAAAGGAGCCAAAAGAGCUAAUAUGAAACAUGACUGGGUGCAUGUUUGAGCAUAAAUAAGGCUUUUUGUGGAGGAUCCUGAAUGAAUGUAAACCUGGAGAUCAGGACAAAAUGGAGGUUGAGCUUUUUUUCACACUUUCCGGCUCAGAUUGAAGAUCUGGGCGACAUAAAAAGGGUUUCAGAAUAUAUUUUCCUGUAAAACGUUCAUGUAAACAGACAGCAGGGCUCUGGAUUUCAGUUCUCUGGCUCUUCCUGUUAACGUCCAGAGAGUUUGGAUCUGAUUUAAGAACAACUUCCACUUUGCUCGUCUGAUUGUACCGUUCUCCGGCUGCAGGACCACGGGUUUGGAAACGUUAACUAACUCAACCGUCUUCAGUUUAUGGCUAUUUUACGUUCAGCAUUUCUCGGCUGAUUUAGAUCAAUUUUGAUGUUUUUACUCUGCUGAAUGUGUUCAGUUGAGAGCUGGAGGCAAAAAUACACAAUUUUAUCUGGUUUAACUCAACGUGACGCAUUAAACUAUCGGUCAGUUCAGGUUUGAGCUACAAAACAAAAUUAUGAAUCAAUAAGUCCCAAAAACCUGAAAUCAAACCAGUUACUGAGGUUAAACUAAUUUUCUUUUUAAUUAAAACAUUUCCAUACACUCAUGUUAUAAAAUAUAUUAAUGAAUGUUUUAUUUACAAUUUAAUAAAUUAAAUUGUUACAAUUAAAAAUUAGUAAAAAUGUAUAAAUACUGUAUCAAACAGAUGAAUGAAAUAAAAGAAAAAUUAUUUUGUUAAUCAUAGGUUAUUUAUUUAUUGAUGGGCUUUUAUUUUGUUAAGUAAAUAAAUUUGAAAUUGACAAAAUAAAUAUAAACAUAUAUUUAUUUAGCUUUAUUUCAUGGAGAAAUGUACAUAUUUGAUGAUGUAUUAUAAUAACAGUAUAUUUUAUGUCAUUUUGAAUGAAACAAUUACACAGUAGAGUUCAUAAAGCGGAUUUAUUAAUAAUAUAGAAGUUACUGAGCCUCACCUUGUUUCACCAAAAACUGAGACACAUUUAAGUUAAUAAUCCCAAAAACACGUCAGAAAUGGUGCAAGCUUCCAUUGAACGCUUCAAAACCAUCAGUUUUAACCAACUCCACUAACUUUACCAGAAAACCAGUAAAUCAUAAAAGCAAAGUCAUAAUGGAUGCGUACCUUUGGCUUUAGGGCUUGUUGUUUGAAAAAUGAAGAAAUUGACAUUUCUGCUCCAAAUGUUGGAACCAUUAAGAGUUUGUCAACUUUCCUGCCGAUGACGAGACGAUGCAACCUGUAAACCGUCUGUUCGCCUGUUAGACGGGAAUGGUUGCUAAGGAAAUAAAAUAUUUUAAUGGAAGCUAAAUUGCUUUUUAAAGCUGUUUUUACUAAAGAGAAUUUAGUUGAAUUAUUAAACUGAUUUUAUAGCAUCAGAUUGUUUUUUCCUGACACUCCCGGUCAGUAGGUGGCGGUAAAGGACCGUCGCCACCACCAUUAAACAUAGGAAGAAGAAGCCGGGCUGUCGCCAUGGUGACGGAUUGACGGUUGAAACUUUUAAGUGUUUAGCUUAGAAAAAGAGACCAAAUUAUAAUAUCGAAGACAAUAAAACUAAACUAAAAACAGGAAUAAUUUCCUCCUUCGCUCUCAGCUGAUCACCAACAUCUCAGAUAAACGGUUAAUCUCGUUUCCUUAAAACAUUGAACUCUACAGACCGAGUUAUUCUCCUUCCUCUUCCGCUUCCUCUUCCGCUUCCUGUCCCGUCUCAACAUGGCGGACUGAUUGUAUCUCAUGAACAUGGAGGAACAAGAAGCUUCUGGAUUUCUGGAGUUUUCCAGCUUCUUCAACUUGCGCAUGCGCAUUCAGACUUUAUGUAGAAAGAAGAAAAAGCGCAACGUUUGUUUUCUAAAUGUUUCUACUGUUUACUGAAGACGCCUGCAGACUCGGCUCUGCGGCUGCAUGACCUGAUCGUGUAGCUCCAGUUUGUAGGUGAAUCGUGUUUGUGAGCUUCGUAAAACGUGUUGUUUACACUUAUCAGCGACAUGAUGCUCCUGUUUGCACUGUACAUACUAGUUUAGUUAGUUCGGUUUUAGACCACUAAUUACUGACAUCUUUAUGCUCAGCGUGAGCACAGACACGGUCAGGAUUCAAAACUUCACCCAGAAAAAACACAAAUGUAAUGUUUGCUGAAAAUCAAACCAUUUCAUCGGAUCUGAAACCACACGCUCUACCUCGUUUUGUACAGGGGCUUCCAGAGAAAAACAAAUCCACGCAGAAAGACAAUGAGAGACGGACUGACCUGAAACUGCGCUUUGUCAUGUACGGUGGCUCAGACAGUCCAAACGUCACCAUGUGAGCGUCCUUCAGUGGGGUCACAGCAGGUUUAUCUAACGUUAGCAUUGUAGCUAACACUAGUACUUUAGCAUCUAUGCUUAGCUAACGUCAGCGUCUGUGUGAAGGCUGGACGCGACUUUAGCUAAACUGUUUUCUAGCUAAAAUGUUUUUUAGUUACAAGCUAAACAGUUUUAUAAAAAAGUUACAUGUUGAAUGCAACUUUAAAAAGUUGUAGGAUUCACUGAGUGGAAGAAGGCUAAAAUUAGCAUGACAGCUAUCAUAUCAUGGACAGUUAUAUUUAAAAAGGUUAUAUGAUGAACGUGACAAAAUAUCUUAUCAAAAUAUCCAAUCAUAUUUCUUAGGUCAUCAGAUUCAAACUACAUGCAUUUCUGGAGGUUUAUUAUUGUGGUGGCAGCAAAUCAAAGUCCUGGUUGAAGAUUUAGGGCAGCAGCCAGGUUGAGGGGGAACACAUUCCUCUGUGCAUGCAGGUCUUUACUUUGGUGGCAACCAUAACUGAGGUCUCAAAAUGAAGAACAUUAGCAGUAGCUACAUGAUGUUGGCUAUAGUCAUUGUGAUGCUAGCUCCUGAUCUGAUUAACGAUGGUAACUGAGCGGGGACUAGCAUGUCUCAUCUGGUCACGUACUGGAUUACCUGCUUCCUCUGUUGGCUGUUAGCACAGAUAGGUUAGCAUGAGCCUCAGAUAGGCUAGCAUCUAGCAUGCCAAGGAUGGUUGGGAAACAGUAUCUGUAAGUGUCAGACAUUAGAUGCAUUGGCAUGUUCUUUUGAAUUGAUUUACUCUAAUGUGACACCAAGCAUAAAAAUAUUGUAUAAACAUAACAUUUUACUGAAAUUGGUUUUAAUUGCAGCUUCUGAUUGGGUGAUUCCACCUUAGUUUUCACUACCUUGACCAUCUUAAAUUUGCUCUAGUAUAAAAACAUGGACUUGAUUAUUCUUCACCAAAAGCAGAAUAUUUAAAGCUCACUUUAUUUGUAAUAAAGUGUUUACUCACAAGGACGCAAACAAACAAACGGCCAUCAUUUGUGCUUCCUCCUCUUUCUGAAAUGCAGCCUCACCUGAAAAGACAAAACAAGAUGAGAACAUGCAGAGAACUGGCAUAUUGAUUUCACCACCUCAACCUCAGCUUCAGCUAACUGGGAAUAACUGCUUAUCACUCAAUAAUCCAAUAAUGUCUGAUUAUGUAUUAUAGACAGUAUUAAUCGGCGCUGCUCGUGUGAAUGUGAGGGAUGUUUUGAAGCUCUAGAUGCUUCGUUUUGUUCUGCACCCGGCAGACAUGUUUGUUUGGCACCUCAUGAUCCAUGAAACCAGUACAGCUGCUGCAAUCUGAUUGGUCAAGAGGACGAGCUGUCUUCCAAUUGGAUGACCCGUAUGCAGUUUUUCGCUCAUAGAAGCGGCAGCAGUUCCCUCUUCAUGAAGCCUUGGCUGUUAUCCUACUGAAAGACGACUCCCAAUGGAAAAUAUCUUUUACUUUUUAUUCAGAUUAUUGUUUUUGAUUCUGUCUCAGCUACCGUAUAUAAACCUGCUAUCAAAGGACAAACUUCUUAUUUAAAGAGGAACCAAACCUCCACACUCACAUUUGCCCAGAGGCGAUAAAAAUGUUUUAUUUUAAGCUUCGGUGUAAAGAAUAAAAUGAUCAAACAGUCGUCAACAUAUGAGAAAAAACAGGAAGUUUCUGUGAAAGGCAGCAGCUACAGACUCAGGACUGAGAAGACAGUCCUGAGUCUGAGAUUCUGAGCUGGAAAAUCUGAUCUGAAAACGUCUGAACUGCAUCGUCUGACGGGAUCAGUGUUCUCUGGCUGCUCUGAUGAAGAUGUUUUUAUUUCACGUUUCAGUCACAGUUUGACCUCCUGAACAGCUUCAGGUCGUAAAGUUGGACGUUUUCGGUUCGGUUCCUCUUUAAACCUCCUGCUGAGAACAGAACCUGUUUGUGUCACGGCUGCAUGAACCUGAACACCUGCACAGGUACGUCUGUGUGUGUAAACCAAACCCAGUCAAAGCAUGUUACUGUAUAUUAGACCAACAUCUAUACUCUUCUGUAAAAACAUGAAUAUUUUUGCUUCUAUCGACCAAACUGGGCUAAACUGUAAACACUGUUUGUUUUGUGUUUGAUGAGUAAAAUGUACAUUUCUUUUCAAAUCUGAAGAAUGACACACAUAUAAGUGGCUGUUCUGCAUGUAUUAUUUACCUUCUGUUGGUCAUAUCAGAUGAAAUAAUAGGAGCAGAAGGUUUGAAUCCUGCAGGAUGUUUCAGGUGUAAAAGUAAAGAUUAGCUAAUAGAAAUCA